ACCAUCUCCUACAAAAGGUGCAGCGACCGGUGCAAACAUGUCGCGGCAUCGGCUUUCGCAGACAAUGAUGUCCCGGGUGAGGGUAUUUGCUUGGCAGAAGCGGGGCUUCACAAACAAAAGCCUUCUCUCCGCUCGGUCUUCAUCCCUCCGAAGCCUUCUGCCCUCUUGACCAUGGCGGCUCAAAUCACCCCGAACAACGAGGCUCAGUCACCCUCUUCACCAAAACUUACCCAACAACACGCUCGACCUUCCCUCGAUGAGCCAGCCGAAGACCGGGAGAACGGCCUCGAGGAAGCCUGGAGUGAUGACGACGGCGAUGAAGAUGGCCCAAAGAGGAAAAGACCGCGUCCACUGAGUGCGUCCUGA